GAGUAUUUGCUCAAGCCCAUGAACUGCCCGCAUCACUGCGAAUUGUACAAAGCAGAACCGCGCUCCUACCGCGAUUUGCCCAUUCGCUUUGCCGAGUUUGGAACCGUUUAUCGCUACGAGCAAAGUGGCGAGCUUCACGGCCUAACCCGCGCCGUGGCCGAAAAAGAGUUGAACUACGUGGUGGAGUACGGAGAAGCGGCAUUUUACGGCCCCAAACUUGACUUUAUGGUGAAAGAUGCCCUGGGACGGCAGUGGCAGUUGGGCACCAUACAGGUUGACUACAAUCUGCCCGAACGCUUUGAAUUAGAGUACGUUGGAGCCGACAAUGAGAAACACCGCCCGGUAAUGAUUCACCGCGCGCCCUUUGGCAGCAUGGAGCGAUUUGUAGCGGUUUUGAUUGAGCACUGUGCCGGAAACUUUCCCGUAUGGUUAACACCUAAGCAGAUUGCCAUUUUACCAAUCAGCGAAAAAUACAUGGAAUACGCGGAGAGAAUUUCGUAUUUGCUUAAAAAUUACGAACUUCGCGCCCUCGUUGACGAACGGGCUGAAAAAACCGGUAGGAAAAUCAGGGAUGCCGAAGUGGCGAAAAUCCCGUACAUGUUGAUUGUUGGCGAAAAAGAACAAGAAUCAAAUACCGUAUCAGUGCGUAAGCACGGGGAAGGCGACCAGGGAUCAAUGAGCCUGGAAGACUUUGCCGAGAUGGUGAAAAACGAGAUUGAGCAGCAAAUUGCUGCCUUUAAAUAA